GAUAGCGUUUGCAACUUCCUUUAAUCUUCGAGUUUAUCUACCCUCAUAUUUCGAGGGUGGUUUAAGUUUCUGGAGAAACAUCUUAUCCACGAGCCCAACUUUUGGAGAAACUGGCUUCCUGUUCUUUUUCCAGGGCUUCAUGGCGAUGGCGAAGAAGCCUAAACGUUAUUGGGAUUGUUCAACAGAAUUCAGUGCAGACAAACAAAACCCAUGCCGUUACGGCCGAGAACAGAAACUCCAUUAUCACUGCGAUAUUUGCAAAAGAUAUACUGCUUUAAAGCCAAACGGCAUUACCAAACACGUUAAGAGAGAACAUGGAGAGACGCAUGCCCUGCCGACCUCGUCGAAGACCGCUGACAUGGAACAUAUCAACAUCAACGAGAGAAACAGCAUUGCCAACCAAAUAAAGUCAAAACAUGGAAAGACGCAUGCCCUGCCGACCUCGUCGAAGACUGUUGAAAUUAAACAAAUCAACUUCAACGAGAAGGUUACUGGAAAUCAGGGUGAAAACAGAACUUUUAAGGAAACCAAAUCGGCGUCAAGUCAGCCUGGAGAGCCCAAUAAUAAUGAAAGCGAGGAAAACAACAAUUUGCGAUGUUACGAACAAUUACCUGGAAACAAAGUUGACGUCGUCAAUGACGGAGGAGUCAAAUGUAAUGUUCGUGAUGACCACGAUGAACCCCGAGGUUUGUUUGACAUUGCUACCGUCCGAUUCUAGUAGUUCAUUAAGUUCCUGGUAGCUUUUAGCUCAUUGUUUACCAUUAGUUAAACGACGUUCUAACCUAAAAGACAGAGCAAAAAAGGGCGUUUUCCUCUUUUGCGAUGACAAGAACUUAUCGCCGCAAAACAAAGGCAGAUCGCUGCCUUAACGUUGUGCGACCUCCUAAUCUCAAGGGAAACAACAAAGGGAUUAUCAUUUCAACUAGAAGUUUAAGAGUGUUUAGUCUGACCAAUUCAGGGCUAAAAAAAACGCGUGAAUCUCAAGCAUAAACAAACAGUGUAAGAACGAAAAAGAAAAAAAAAGGGAAAACUC